AUGGCUGCUGCAGAAAUCGUUGACUCAACUCAAGGACUUCUUAACAUCAAUAUGAUGAACAUCGCCAAGCUCACCUCUACAAACUAUCUCACAUGGAGCCUUCAAGUUCAUUCUCUCCUCGACGGCUACGAUCUUGUUGGGUACAUCGAUGGCACCUCCGCCCCACAAGAACAAACAAUCGGCUCCACCACUCCGCCAACUCCAAAUCCAUCGUACGCAAAGUGGAGACGCCAAGACAAGCUGAUCUAUAGUGGGCUUCUUGGCACACUCUCUCCAGCGAUCCAACCAUUGGUCUCCAAAACCAAGUCCUCUGCCGAGAUGUGGAAACAAAUCUCCUCCACUUAUGCAAAUCCAAGCUGGGGUCACAUUCAACAACUCCGUCUGCAACUUAAGCAAGCGUCAAAAGUUUCAGAGAGAAUGUAA